GUACACGGAAAACACUGCUGAGAAACUUUCCCAACAACAGCAAAACCGCACCAUCAACACAUCGAUCAACACCUGGUGGUUGCUGGUGGCUCGCCAGCCACAACUGUUGGCAAACCCUCCUCCUGGACCACAAAAGUGCCAAAACCCGCUCACAACCUGAAAUCCACAAACUUUGGCAACCCAUCAUCCAAAGAACUUUCGCAGCAAGGCACUAGUAUAUUUUUGUUGAAAGCACAAUGGCCACACACACAAGAUCGCAUCGUAGAGGCACACUCGCUGGAGUGCAUGCAUUUGCGCAGGUGGAAUCCUCAAGCUCCCCCAUGAGAAAGAGCACAUCAUACCAUUCGGGUCAAUUGUCACCAACCAAGGGAAUGCCCAAGAUCAGUUCGUCUGGAUCCAUUGCCAGAAGAAACACGGAUUGGUGCAUCUAUGAUCCAUCGGCCGUCUUGAAAAACACUGGUUGGUCUAGUCAACACGCAGUCAAAGCGAAGAAGGGAAGCGGAGAUAAGAAAGGUCGCCGCCGAAAGGAGCUCCCUUCGUUCCUCAGAGAGCCAUCCAAGUCGCGAACAAUUGGACUGAAGCCGAAAACAUCAUCAGAGGAAGUUGGCAUCUUUCGACGAUAGAUAGAUAGACGACUGAAGGAUAGAGGGAGCACAAACAUAGUGGACGCGACAACACCAUGUGGCGGUCCAACGAAGGAACUUGAGUGCAGAAACACGUCCCAAGCAAGAGACACAGCUCGACGAGAGCGUGUGUUCCACAUUGAAAAGAGCUUGGGGAAUGUUUACCUGCUGUUGCAAUGCUCCUUCAUGAUAUGGGAAAACAGCAUCUCAGAUUCAGAAACUGCAUAAUUUGUAAAAGUUAGUUAUACGGUAUGGAAAGAAUAGUACCAGUACCUGCUUGUUUCUAAGAUUAUCAUCUA